GGCUGGACGGAGGCUCUGCGCUGAGCCAAACAAACAUGGCCGACACGGAGUUCGAGGAGUUCCGGCGCCACUUCGAGAGGCUCCCGCAGCACAUCAAGGCCUCGGCGCACGUGUACACACUCGUGCACGACGUGUCGCCCGACGCCGGCUCCCCCUCGCCGCCAGACGGCGCGGGGCGCUCCCCCGGCCACGUGACGGCGCUGGACGCCGUGCCGCCGCCGCCGCCGCCGCCGCCACUGUGGGGCGACACGGGCCAGCGCCGCCGCCGCCGGCUGCCCGAGAUACCCAAGAACCACAAGUCGACCCUGGUGGCGGCGGUACAGCCCUCGCUGGCGGACGAGCUGGGGGGCGCGGGGGAGCGGCCCGACUCCUUGCAGUUCGCGCUGGGGGCGUGUGCGCGGCCCCUCGUCGUGCUCAAGUGCCGCCCCUACCUCAGGGACGAGGACAGCUCCCCGGACUCGGAGUUCUUCCACAGCACGGACGUGGACUCGGGCAACUCGACUGCGCACUCGCCGGACGGGCCCAAGUCGAUGUCCCCGCAGCUCGCGACGAGCGCGCCGUGCCGCUGCGAGUCGGGGUCGCCGUCGCCGCCGUCGCCCGCCAGCUCGGCCAGCGUGCCCUACACGCAGCUGGAGCUGCUGGAGGCCACGCACCGCGGGCUGCACAAGUUCGUGCCGCGCCACCGCGACGAGCUGGAGCUGGAGAUCGGCGACCCCAUCUACGUGCAGAAGGAGGCGGACGACCUCUGGUGUGAAGGAGUGAACCUGAGGUCCGGCGUGCAGGGCAUAUUCCCGUCGGCGUACGUGGUUGACAUGGACUACAGCGACUUCGACCCCAGCACGCCCAAGGUGAAGCGGGAGCGCUUCCUGCUGGGCUACCUGGGCUCGGUGGAGACCAGGCAGCACAAAGGAAGCUCGGUGCUGUGCCAGGCGGUGCGCAAGAUCGUGGGGCCGAGCAGUGCGCCCAAGCACAAGCCGCACUCCUGCAUCCUCGAGGUGUCCGACCAGGGCCUGCGCAUGCUCGACAAGCGGAAGCCCACGACGGUACAAACGUUUCCUCGUGACGUACCUUGUCACGACUACUUCUACUCGUUGAAGAACGUCUCUUUCUGCGCAUUUCAUCCCCGGGACCAUCGCUACUUGGGCUUCAUCACCAAACACCCUCAGUUCCAGAGGUUUGCGUGUCACGUGUUCAUGGGUUGUGAAUCUACACGGCCUGUUGCAGAAGCUAUUGGGCGAGCCUUUCAACGUUUCUACACAAAAUUCAUUGAGACAGCUUAUCCAAUCGAAGACAUCUACAUUGAGUAA